AUGGAGGACCAGCUCCAGCAGAAGAUCAUAUGCCCGGGGCCGGUGACCUGCCUGACGGCUUCUCCCAACGGGCUCUACAUCCUGGCAGGGGUUGCUGAGAGCAUCUACCUGUGGGAGGUCUCCAACGGGAACCUCCUGGCCAUCCUGAACCGACACUACCAGGACCUCACGUGCCUCUGCUUUACCGAUGACAGCAGCCACUUUCUGUCAGGGGCGAAGGACUGCCUGGCCCUGGUGUGGAACCUUUACAGCGUGCUGCAGGCAGAGCCCUCCCAGAUCCCUGACCCUCGGCACGUGUGGUCCCGACACAGCCUCCCCAUCACAGACUUGUGCUGUGGCUUUGGGGGGCCCUUGGCGCGAGCUGCCACCGCCUCCCUUGACCAGACAGCCAAGCUCUGGGAAGUCUCCUCUGGGGAGCUCCUGCUUUCUGUCCUCUUCGACGUGGGGAUCAUGGCUGUGACGCUCGACCUCUCCGAGUAUCACAUGUUCUGCGGGGGGAUGGACGGCUCCAUCUUCCAGGUCGACCUCUGUGCCUGGCCAGUGCAGAGGGACCGAACCUUCCAGACAGAGCGGGAGAACGGGAAGGUCUUCAAAGGGCACAGGAACCAGGUGACGUGUCUGUCGGUCUCCACGGACGGCAGCCUGCUUCUCUCCGGCUCGCACGACGAAACAGUCCGGCUGUGGGACAUCCAGAGCAAGCAGUGCCUCAAGACCAUGAAUCACAAAGGGCCAGUUACAAACGCCUUCAUCGUGCUGGCCCCGGCCAACAUGUUCAACCCGGACGGGAAGCCCAGCGUCCCGCUCCCCAAAUUCAGCAAACACCUCCACGGCACUGAGAGCAACGACGAGCAGGGCAGCGAGGGGGUGACGCUGCGCCUUGGCCUCCACCAGCAGGUACCGGGUCGCAUUCGGGCCCCUCCGUGUGUGCGCUGA